AUGGGAGACAAUUCCGAUGAUGAGGUUCUUGAAAUAUCUCGUGAUCAGUUCGUUCUUAAAGUAGACGAGGCAUUACGUAAAGAUUAUGGCUUCUUUUUUUCACAUGAAGAACCAAAUGUCCACCAGGAUAUUUGCAUUCCGCAAGAAGAUGCUAUCACCAUGAAUGAGGGAGUUGGAAAUACAAGUAAGGGUAAACAACAUGACGUUGAAUGUACUUCCAAGGGAUUUAUAUCUGAAGGAUCUCAAUCUAUCACAAAAGAUGAAAAUAUAAGGUCGGUUGGUAGUUCCAAGUAUAAGAAGCGUUUACAUGGAGACAAUUGCGGACAACACACUAUUCCUGAAGAUCCGGAAGUUUUGAACUUUACACGUAAAGGGGAAUACAGGCUGCGUCUUCCGGUCGGGGUAUCAAACCGCGCUGGUUUUACAAAGAAGUUUCAUACACUGAAGAUUGAAAACAUGCAGGGGCAAGUUAGUACUUAUGAAGUCAAACGGCAAAAAAACGGAAGUGCAUUACGCUAUUCAGUCAUAGACUGGCCUGUAUUUAUGGCGGAAAAUAAGUUGAAUGAUGGCGACAUGCUUGAUUUCACUUAUGUGACUUCAAAGAAAACCGUCAUCUUAAAAAAUGUCCGACAUGUCUAAGCAAAAGUGCA